AUGUUUCUCAAGCCGAAAAUGAGGGCCAGCUUAGGUUGGACAAUAAGACAUUCCGAAGGAGUCGGAGGGCAGGCAUCCGGUGGUGUCCUUAUAAUCUCGAUCUCUCACGAUCUGAGUACCCGCUCCAUCUCGAAAAUGCCAGCAGAACCAGGAUCUUCGCAACAGGUUGAGAGUCUCAUGGAACUCGACUCCGUCCAGAAUAUCAAGGGUCUCCAAUUCAACCUGAUGCUGCCCAAAAAGUGGAUUCAGAUGAGUCCUGAUGAGAAGAUGGUGCAGUGCUCUCAGAUCCGCAAGCAAGCGCUGAUCGGAGUGGGAGAACUCCAGGUUUACGAUGGUGAUGGAUUGAGACUUCAACUUGGGGGCCGAAAUGCCAGGCCGAUCCAGGACACCCCAGCCAAGCAGAUCACUGAGGAUGUUUACCGCUACUCAGGCCCUCGGCGCCUGACUACAGACAUGGCACUGAAUCUGGUUGUUAGGACUUCUUGGAUUGAUAAGGGAGAAUGGCCACUAGGGAUGACACUAGCAACUACAAAUCCCUUCCCCUAA